GAGUGUCAUCACUAGGCAACGAAAAUACGUAACAAAGGCAUGCAUACAUUUGUGACAUUUGUUUAAAUUUGGUUUGUCAUAAGGAUUAACAGAGACUACAACAAAGGAAGGACUGAAAAUCGAUUAGCAAAAUGUUGCCCCACCUGAGCACCGAGGAAAUCCUGCCGCCCGCAACGCGAAAAGUGUAUAUUAAUCCAAAUUUUCAGAUGGCUCUGCAAGGCCGAAUUGCUCAUCCGUUUCAGCCCCUGCAACAGCAGCAACAGUCUCAGCCGCCUGCCAUCCAUAUAAACCCGCACUUUCUGCAGCGCCAGCAGGCCAUGUACGAGGAGUAUCGCCGUCAGGAGCGUAUCCAAGAAAUGCAGCAACUGGUCUCCACUCCGUUCUACCAAGAAAGGGUGGUGGCCGCUGCCAAGGUGACGACACAUAUUCCAGCCAGCACAACGCAGGCAAAGAUCAUAAGUAAGGCGAGUACUUGCCUGGUGCGAAAGGCCAACGUUAAGGCUGCCCCGCUGCGUGUUCCCUCGCCCGUUGUGGUUGUGCCCCAGCCGCCUCUGGUUAGCAUAUCCAAACGGAAAAUCGUGCGCCAGCCAGCUGUAAAGUCAACGAUUACGCCCACUUCAACGCCUCCACCGCCUGCAAAGCGCACGAAAUACAAGCUGGUGCGCACCAUCUCCCUUACAUUUACGCCGCUGGUCAAGAAGCGACGCACCUUGGGCGAAUUUGUGGGCCAAUACGCGCUGCAGCGUACCAACGAGACGGAGACAGCCAAAAAGCCGAGCUCCAAGCCGCAGGUGGUUAAGGCCAGCGUUAACAAGUCCCUGAGCAUGGUCAGCAUACAUGGAGUGAUGUACAAGAAGAUAUCAAAGAAUAAGCUCACCAAACUGGAUGCCCGUACCGGAGCUGUGGCCAAAUCCACGACAAACAGAACCCUCAAGCGAACUGUGUCUGGCCGGACGUUGCUUGUCAGCGGCAACAAGUUCAUCAUUGAUCCCUCGGGCUGCCGUCUAACGAGAGUGCCAGCUGCAAACGUGGCAGCAACGUCGUCAGCCGCUGCUUCUGGUGCAAGCCAACUGCCCGGCAAUAGGACCACUCUACGCCGCAUCGAUAUCGGUGGCCUGACCUACGUGGCCUCGGCCAAGACCAAGAACGUGUUCAUACGCACCACGAAUCAUGUGUCGCGCGCUCACUUGAUCACCGCCAGGCAACGCAGUCUGACGCUGCUCAACAAGUCGCUGGUGAAGACAAAUGUGCCGUGUGCCAUUUACCAGAAGCUCGGUAAAUGCGCGGCGCACAGCCGCGGAAAGUGCCGAAAAUUGCACGACAAGCGACAGGUCACCAUCUGUCCAAGCUUUCUGCGCGGCGAAUGCACCAAAACCGACUGCCUGCUCUCGCACAAUGUGACGCUGGAGAAGAUGCCCGUCUGCCGCUACUAUCUGCGAGGCGUUUGUGUGCGUGAGGACUGCCCCUAUCUGCACAAGAAGCUCAGCCGCAACACCGAGAUCUGCAUUGAUUUUGUGCGUGGCUACUGCCCGCUUGCUGCCGAGUGCAACAAGCGUCACGAGUUUGCCUGUCCCGAGCUGGAGCGCAAGGGCACCUGCGAGCUGGCCAAGUGCCGCUUCUGCAAGCAAACCUCAAAGCGGCUGAUAAAACCCAAGCCCAGGAGGAACAGAAAAUCUGUCAGCAUUCAGGAGACUCCACAGGCUGCUGCUAGCCCAGUCCCAGCCAUGGAGCAGCCCAGUAGUUCUCGGUACUUUAGGUGCGACGACGAACAGCCGAGCCAGGACGAGACCCUUGCCCUUGAGCAGCCACCAAAUGGAGAUACCGAAGAAGAGCUGCCUGUGGAGGAGGAUGCGGGACCAGUUAGCUUCCGACGACGACCAAAGUUAGGGGCACUGCCUGCCUUCAUACCGCUAGGCAAUGAGGAAUGAUAAGUGUGAUGCAUGCAUGUGACGAUUCUUGGAUCCAACGUUUCAGGUACAAAUCAAUUUGGAUAAGUAUGGUUCUAUAGCUUAUUUUAGGUCCUCAUUUUUAAAUUUACUCAAUUUAAUUAUUACGAAAUAAAGAUAUAUAUUU